AUGUGGGAAGCUAAUACUGUCCUAACAGUUUAUUUACAGGAGCACUAAUUUCCAGGAGAAAAAGAAAUAUUUUUAUUUUUUUCAUAUUCUCUUUUUGCAAUGCCAGGAAUAGCAUUAAUUGCAUUUUUAUUUUUCGAUAAUAAAUUAGGUGCUUUACUUUAUGGUUGCUUGAUUUAAGCAAUUUUUGCAGAAAAUUCAGUUCUUAAAAAUCUAUACCAUUAAGCACGCCCAUAUUUUAUUGAAGACUCUAUUUAACCAUAUGAAUGUAAUAAAGAAUAUGGGAAACCUUCAGGUCAUGCAAUGUCAUCAUCAGCUAUGUGUUUUCUAAUACCUUGUAUAAUAUUUCCUGUUUUUUUAAAGGAUCAAUAAAAGUAAUUCAAAUUUAUGAAAUAGUUACAAGUACCCUUUGCAUUUAAGAAUAAUUGUAAUGUUUAUAGUCACAGUUUGGACAUUUAUGACAGGAUUCUCUAGAGUUUUUAUGGGUGUUCAUUCUUUUGGAUAAAUCUUACUAGGUUGGGUUUAUACAGCCUAUACGAUUAUAAUAUAUAUGCAUUAUUUUCAUACUCCAAUAUCUAAUUACAUUAAGUAAUGCUUAUAACCAGGAUCCUAAGGAGUAUCAAGUAAAGUGAUUAAAGGAGCGGGAUUAUUUGCAUUUGGAUGGACUUGUUUAUCAAUUUUAAUCUUUGAAUUCAAUAACAAAAUAUUUCUAGAUGAAGAUGAAGUGGAAAUUUGGUUAGAUGCUUUGUAUUAAAAAUGUCCAAAUUAAAAAACUCAUUAUAAUAUCAAUAGUCCAUAAGUUUUACAUAACGUUUGUUNUAUUUCAAUAUAGUUUUAUCCAAAUCCUAAUUUACACCCUUCUCCAAAUACAUUAUGUCUUACUACUUCUAAUUAAGAAUUUCCAAUAUCACAAACUUUCCACUUCUAUAAUAGUCUACAUAUAUCUAAUUACAUGAUUCUUGCAUUUAUAGAGGUUUUAGCCUUAUAAGUAUAGACUAGCUUCUCUGAAGACUCCUAAUUUGUAGGAAACAUGAAAACAACCACUUACACUUGA